GAAAUAACUGGAAAGCUCGUAAAUAUAUAUGUUUAUCCAGUUAAAUCAUGUGCACCCCUAGCAGUAAAAGGAUCUUGGAAAUUAACACACAUUGGAUUGGAAUACGACAGGCGUUGGAUGAUAGUUAAUAGUUCUGGAGCUUGCGUAUCACAGAAAAAAAUCGGAAAGUUGUGCACUUUGAAGCCGAUCUUGGAUUUUUCACGGAAGAUGUUGAAAUUAAAAAUCAACGAUUCUGAAAUAUCAAUGCCUCUAGAGCCAGAAGAAAAUGCUUCUAGUAAUGCUAAUUUCUGUAACAGCAAAGUAUGUGGUGACAAAGUGCAGGGUUUCGAUUGUGGCAAUGAAGUAGCUGAAUGGUUAUCAGCGAACUUAGGAGAAUUUGGACUGAGACUCCUUCGACAAUGUGAUUUUACAGCUCACACAUCUGGACGGCACUCUACACAGGGGGAACAAACGCUAAUGUCCCUUGCCAACAAAGCCGAAUAUUUGGUCAUCAACAUGAGAACCGCGCAAUGGCUCAGAGAACGCAUUCCACAAGACGAUCUAUUGUGCCUUACACUGGAAUCCAUUCUGUUACGAUUUAGGGCGAAUUUCGUAGUCGAUUUCACCGAGCCCUUCGUAGAAAACGACUUGGCAAUUCUUCUUUUUAACGACGUCGCGUUUAAAUUUACAGGGCAUUGCAGAAGAUGCCAGAUGAUAUGCAUCGACCAAGAAACAGGCGAAAAAUCUAAAGAACCACUUCGAACAUUAUCCAAGGAAUUGAACGGGCAAAUGCGGUUUGGUAUUUACUUAAGCCGGAACGAUUCGUUGGGACAAUACUACAUUGAAACUGGAUCUUCAGUAAAGGGGCUUUUUCAAAGCAGUUAAUUGUGACCUGUCUGAAUAAUUUGCAAAACAAAUAAAUUAUAGUUACCUUAUUCAAUAUACAGUGAUUCACAA